CUGUUCCACUUCCAGUGAAAGUGCUACAGCCUGAGCUGGCUGGAAUGGGCAUGGGCCGCCACUGAACCAUAUGUUGGUAGACCUUUCAGCCACGCUUCUUCCGUUGUCCUCCUUCUCUGCCAGUGCCAGAUUUCAGCUGCAAUCUUGCGUGGGUGAAAGAAUUGCAGGGUGCAAAGACGCCAAGACGCCAGCUCUGCCGCUCAGAACUUUUUUGACAGUGAUGCUUGCCCACAUCACAGAUGUGCUAAAACAUCAGCUCGAUGUGAAGGCACAGCCUUCUUGAAAGCAAAUAAUCUAAGGGCAACCAAUUGCCGCACUGCUGUCGAAAAGUGUGGAUUGGGUCGUUCCUAAAAGUGCUUGCUCAGCUCUGGUAUCCUGGUCAUGACCACCAUGGCAGCUCAGCAGGAGAGCACUCUGGUGCACAGAAAGCUGCCCCCCUCCAACCUUAGUAUCCCCGAUGUUCUGGCCGACAGUCCUCGAAGAAUGCACACCCCUAGCCCACUGGGAAGGCGAAGGUCGGGGUGUCUGGCUGUGGGACCAGGGGAGGCCAGCUCAGAGGUGGAAAGACAGGGGGUAACCAAUGCAGCGGCAGCCCUGAUUGGCCCCCGAAGAAGCCUGCUGGAGAACUUGCACCACUCCUAUCGAGAAAGUGUGGAGGUGCUGGGAUUCACCAUUACACUGCUCAGGGCACUGGGGUUUGGUUACAAGUGGAUCAUCAAAGCCUGGAGUCUUGUCGUCUUCGCCAUCCUCCUCAUGCCAGGCUUUUUGCAAGUUGUGUGGUUCUACUACACGUCGCCCCAGGUCUAUCGGAGUCUCGUGUAUGGAACAAAGGCUAGGAAUAGGCUGGACCUGUACAUGCCUCCCGGUCACCUUCAGCGCCCCCGCCCCGUGGUCGUCUUUGUAACAGGUGGUGCAUGGGUGAUUGGGUACAAGGCCUGGGGGGCACUACUGGGGCGGCGCCUGGCCAACAGGGGGGUGCUCGUGGCCUGCCUGGACUACCGGAACUUUCCCCAGGGUAGCGUAAGCGACAUGGUCGCCGACAUCAGCACGGGCAUCGAGUGGGUGCUGCUCAACAUCGGCGAGUUUGGCGGCGACCCAGGCCGCGUGUACGUCGUAGGGCAGUCGGCGGGGGCGCACCUGACGGCGCUGGCGCUGCUGCGGCAAGCCAUUAAGGAGGCGGAGCUCGAGGAGCGGAGCGCCAACGGGCCCAAGCACGUGCGCUUCCGAGAUGCCGCGCCCGCCAAGCUUGAGGAUCGCUUUGGGCCGCCAGAUCCCUCGCAGGCCACGGCGCCUGAAAACCCGACACUUUCCACCAGUUCCCAUACCUCCUCGGAGCCCCCAGCCAACUCGAACGGCAACGCCUCAAACGGGGAGCAAGCGAAAGCGUCGCCUCGGAACGGGGUUAUGAAAACGGCUCCAAACGGGCCGCAGGAGCGGGGGGGGCGUGAACUAGACUGGUAUGCGUCCCAGCUGCGGGCGUAUAUUGGCGUGUCGGGCGCUUAUGACAUCGAGGACAUGUUGGAGCACUGGCACCACCGGGGGCUCUACAAGACCAUCAUGCUGACGCUGAUGGAGGGCCGCCACUGUUUACCGGGCUACUCCCCGACCGUCCUCGCCCGCAAAGCCUUCACCGACAAGCGACGAGACGCCGGCCCGCUGCUACCGCCCAUCACUCUACUGCACGGGACUGCCGACCGGUCCAUCCCGCACCAUGCCAGCCUCAUGUUUGCGGCCGCGUUGAGAGAGGCCGGGGCCGCCGCGACUGUCAAGCUGUACCAAGGGAAGACGCACACGGACCCCAUCAUUGAGGACCCCAUGCGUGGCGGCUCGGAUCCAAUGGUGGAGGACAUUCUGGCCGUCAUGAAAGCGGACAACCUCGACUUCCGAAAAGAACCUGUGCCAAGCCUCCCCAAGGAAAGAAUGCUUCCCGAGCUCCUCAUAGAACUCGCUACCGCAGCCAGCCCUUUCUGAAGCGCGCAGUGGGAUUGCCUGUACAGUAGAAGCAUGCUGAAACAUAUUUAGACCUGCUUAUAUCAUAGAUGAAAGUGUGUCGGUUUGGGUGUUCUUGCGAGUCCGUGUGUUUGAGAUGGCGCCUUCGUGAGGUGCGACGGUUACAGGAUCUGCUGGCGGCUGCAGCCUGAGCCAGAUAGUCAAAGUUCGGAUCGAUUGAUCGAGUCCCCAUACGUGAGAAAGACGAACGGAGUCAAGGGCUGAUACAGAUGAAACGUGACGUUCAGUUGCAUUCGGAUCAGAUGCUGUCAGACCCCAGAGUCACACAUCACGGGCUAUAAGUACGGUCAAUCAGUCAAUUUGGGCCUUAGAUCUCGACCGGCCCAGCUAGACACCAGACGAAAUGUAUUUGCUUAACGUUGAAAUGCAGUCAACACUAGCCACCGUUCGCUCAAUAUACCGGUGUGUGAUGAUUAGGCGUGUAUAUCAUAGAGCGCGCCGGCAAAUGCGCACACGUCCUAGCUAUAAACCUUGGA